AUGUGGAAUCUCCUGCACGAAACCGAUCCUGGUGCGGUCUCCGCUCGCCGCCCGCGCUGGCUGUGCGCUGGAGCGCUGGGGCUGGCCGGCGGCUUCUUUAUCCUCGGCUUCCUCUUCGGGUGGUUUAUAAAAUCUUCCAAUGAACCUAUUAACAUUACUCCAAAGUACAAUAUGAAAGUAUUUUUGGAUGAACUGAAAGCUGAGAACAUCAAGAAGUUCUUAUAUAAUUUUACACGGAUACCACAUUUAGCAGGAACAGAACAAAAUUUUCAGCUUGCAAAGCAGAUUCAAUCCCAGUGGAAAGAAUUUGGCCUGGAUUCUGUUGACCUAGCUCAUUAUGAUGUCCUCUUGUCCUACCCAAAUAAGACUCAGCCCAACUACAUCUCAAUGAUUGAUGAAGAUGGAAAUGAGAUUUUCAAUACAUCAUUAUUUGAACCACCUCCUCCAGGAUAUGAAAAUGUUUCAGAUAUUGUGCCACCUUUCAGUGCUUUCUCUCCUCAAGGAAUGCCAGAGGGUGAUCUAGUGUAUGUUAACUAUGCACGAACUGAAGACUUCUUUAAAUUGGAGCGGGAAAUGAAGAUCAAUUGCUCUGGGAAAAUUGUAAUUGCCAGAUAUGGGAAAAUUUUCAGAGGAAAUAAGGUUAAAAAUGCCCAGCUGGCAGGAGCCAAAGGAGUCAUUCUCUACUCAGACCCUGCUGACUACUUUGCUCCUGGGGUGAAGUCCUAUCCAGAUGGCUGGAAUCUCCCUGGAGGUGGUGUCCAGCGUGGAAAUAUCCUAAAUCUAAAUGGUGCAGGAGACCCUCUCACACCAGGUUACCCAGCAAAUGAGUAUGCUUACAGGCAUGGAAUUACAGAGGCUGUUGGUCUUCCAAGUAUUCCUGUUCAUCCAAUUGGAUACUAUGAUGCACAGAAGCUCCUAGAAAAAAUGGGUGGCUCGGCACCACCAGAUAGCAGCUGGAGAGGAAGUCUCAAAGUGCCCUACAAUGUUGGACCUGGCUUUACUGGAAACUUUUCUACACAAAAAGUCAAGAUGCAUAUCCACUCUACCAGUGAAGUGACAAGAAUUUACAAUGUGAUAGGUACUCUCAAGGGAGCAGUGGAACCAGACAGAUAUGUCAUUCUGGGUGGUCACCGGGACUCAUGGGUGUUUGGUGGUAUUGACCCUCAGAGUGGAGCAGCUGUUGUUCAUGAAAUUGUGAGGAGCUUUGGAGCACUGAAAAAGGAAGGGUGGAGACCUAGAAGAACAAUUUUGUUUGCAAGCUGGGAUGCAGAAGAAUUUGGUCUUCUUGGUUCUACUGAGUGGGCAGAGGAGAAUUCAAGACUCCUUCAAGAGCGUGGUGUGGCCUAUAUUAAUGCUGAUUCUUCUAUAGAAGGAAACUACACUCUGAGAGUUGAUUGUACACCACUAAUGUACAGCUUGGUAUACAACCUAACAAAAGAGCUGAAAAGCCCUGAUGAAGACUUUGAAGGCAAAUCUCUUUAUGAAAGCUGGAAUAAAAAAAGUCCUUCCCCCGACUUCAGUGGCAUACCCAGGAUUAGCAAAUUAGGAUCUGGAAAUGAUUUUGAGGUGUUCUUCCAAAGACUUGGAAUUGCUUCAGGCAGAGUACGAUAUACUAAAAAUUGGGAAACGAACAAAUUCAGCAGCUAUCCACUGUAUCACAGCAUCUAUGAAACAUAUGAGUUGGUGGAAAAGUUUUAUGAUCCGAUGUUUAAAUAUCACCUCACUGUGGCCCAGGUUCGCGGAGGAAUGGUGUUUGAACUGGCCAAUUCCAUAGUGCUCCCUUUUGAUUGUCGAGAUUAUGCUGAAGUUUUAAGAAAAUAUGCUGAUGAAUUCUACAAUAUUUAUAGGAAAUAUCCACAGGAAAUGAAGACAUACAGUGUGUCAUUUGAUUCACUUUUUUCUGCAAUAAUGAAUUUUACAGAAAUUGCUUCCAAGUUCAGUGGGAGACUCCAGAACUUUGACAAAAGCAACCCAAUAUUAUUAAGAAUGAUGAAUGAUCAACUGAUGUUUCUAGAACGAGCAUUUAUUGAUCCAUUAGGGUUACCAGACAGGCCUUUUUAUAGGCAUGUCAUCUAUGCUCCAAGCAGCCACAACAAGUAUGCAGGGGAGUCAUUUCCAGGAAUUUAUGAUGCUCUGUUUGAUAUUGAAAGCAAAGUGGACCCUUCCAAGGCCUGGGGAGAAGUGAAGAGACAGAUUUCUGUUGCAGCCUUCACAGUGCAGGCAGCUGCAGAGACUCUGAGAUAAGUGGUCUAAGAGGAUUCUGUAGAGAACUCACAUUGAAUUUGUGGAUAUGUCACUCAGAAAGAAUAAUGGUGGGUAUAUUGAUAAAUUUUAAAAUUGGUAUAUUUGAAAUAAAGUUGGAUAUUAUAUAUA